GGGGAGGGAGACAGGAAAGCCAGCGGAGGAUAGGGUGCGGAGCCCAAGGUCCUGGAGAAGUCUCGUCCUCUAUGGGACCCCGGGGCAAGGGCGGCCCGGCUCGGGGGAGGGAAGGAGUACCGCGGGUGGUAGACGCCGAGGCUGCGGCGGCGCGCGGGCGAGGCCCCUUUAAGGUUCUCCCCUCCCACCGGCGGCGCCGGCCUCCGCCCGCCGCUCUCCCCGCCCCGGGGUCCCGGCGAGAGCUGCGAUUGGGCGGGCGCGGCGAUCCCUUUGAAGUGUGGCUGCCGAUCGCGGCUAUUUGACGUGCGGCUCGGGGAAGGCGAAGGUUUUUGUGUUGCUCGCCGGGGCUAGCGGCGGCUGCGGCGGCUGCGGCGGCGUCGGUGGAGGAGGGGUGGAGGCGCAGCGACUGCUGCACCGCGCUCGACGCUGCGGAGCGAGCCCACCCGCCCCGGGAGCUCGCCUCCCUGGUGCUCCCCCUCCCUCCCCGCCCCCCCAGUGGCGCUGCCUCCUCCAAAUGAGCGAUUCGCCCGCUGGAUCUAACCCAAGGACACCCGAAAGCAGCGGCAGCGGCAGCGGCGGCGGCGGGAAGAGGCCGGCGGUGCCGGCGGCGGUGUCCCUCUUGCCCCCGGCGGACCCCCUGCGCCAGGCGAACCGGCUCCCUAUCAGGGUCCUGAAGAUGCUGAGCGCUCACACCGGCCACCUCCUGCACCCGGAGUACCUGCAACCGCUGUCCUCCACUCCCGUCAGCCCCAUUGAGCUGGACGCCAAGAAGAGUCCAUUGGCGCUGCUGGCCCAGACUUGCUCGCAGAUCGGCAAGCCGGACCCGCCGCCCUCGUCCAAGCUCAACUCGGUAGCAGCAGCGGCCAACGGGCUGGGAGCCGAGAAGGACCCCGGCCGCUCCGCCACGGGCGCCGCCUCCGCAUCUGCCGCCCUCAAGCAGCUGGGGGACUCCCCUGCCGAGGACAAGUCCAGCUUCAAGCCCUACUCCAAGGGCUCCGGCGGCGGCGACUCCCGCAAAGACGGCGGUUCCUCCUCCGUGUCCUCCACCUCUUCCUCGUCCUCCCUGUCCCCAGGAGACAAGGCGGGCUUCAGGGUCCCCAGCGCCGCCUGCACGCCCUUCCCCCCGCAUGGAGCGCCGGUCUCUGCGUCGUCGUCGUCCUCCUCGCCUGGUGGCUCCCGGGGCGGCUCCCCGCACCACUCUGACUGCAAGAACGGCGGCGGGGGUGGCGGCGGGGAGCUGGACAAGAAAGACCAGGAGCCCAAGCCCAGCCCGGAGGCUGCGGCCGUGAGCCGCGGCAGCGGUGCAGAGCCCAGCGCACACGGGGGUGGCGCGGAGGCUGGGGCCUCGGGGCGCAAGUCCGAGCCGCCCUCGGCGCUGGUGGGGGCCGGCCACGUGGCGCCCGUGUCCCCCUACAAACCGGGCCACUCCGUGUUCCCGCUGCCACCCUCCAGCAUCGGCUACCACGGCUCCAUCGUGGGCGCCUACGCCGGCUACCCGUCUCAGUUCGUGCCUGGCCUGGAUCCUAGCAAGUCUGGCCUGGUGGGAGGCCAGCUGUCGGGGGGCCUGGGCCUGCCACCGGGCAAGCCCCCAAGCUCCAGCCCGCUCACCGGGGCCUCCCCGCCCUCCUUCCUGCAGGGAUUAUGCCGCGACCCCUACUGCCUGGGAGGUUACCACAGCGCCUCGCACCUCGGCGGCUCCAGCUGCUCCACCUGCAGCGCGCACGAGCCCGCGGGGCCCGGCCUGAAGGCGGGGGGCUACCCGCUGGUGUACCCCGGGCACCCGCUACAGCCCGCUGCGCUCUCGUCCAGCGCCGCCCAGGCCGCGCUCCCCGGCCACCCACUCUACACCUACGGCUUCAUGCUGCAGAACGAACCGCUGCCGCACAGCUGCAACUGGGUGGCGGCCAGCGGGCCGUGUGACAAGCGCUUCGCCACCUCGGAGGAGCUGCUCAGCCACCUACGGACUCACACGGCCCUCCCGGGCGCCGAGAAACUUCUGGCCGCCUACCCCGGGGCUUCGGGCCUGGGCAGCGCCGCCGCGGCCGCCGCGGCCGCAGCCUCCUGCCAUCUGCACCUCCCCCCGCCCACCGCCCCCGGCAGCCCCGGGUCGCUGUCAUUGCGGAGUCCACACACUUUGGGGCUAAGCCGGUACCACCCCUAUGGCAAGAGCCACUUAUCCACAGCUGGGGGCCUGGCCGUGCCCUCCCUCCCCACAGCCGGACCCUACUACUCACCGUAUGCGCUGUACGGACAGAGACUAGCCUCAGCCUCCGCACUGGGAUACCAGUAACUACAGCUCUUGGCACCCACCCGCCGCUCCUCUCCUUUCCCCCCCUCCGCCUCCCUCCCCGCCCCCACCCACCGCCUCGCCGCUGCAACCUCCACUUCUGCUUGUCCCUGCCGGGAUCCCCCGCCCAGACCCUCCCCACCGGACUGUGUAUUUAUUUACUAUAAUGUUAGCUUACAAGCUGGGAAUAUAAGUGCAUUAACGGCCCACACGAGUCAAUGGUAUGCAAAAAGUCUGUGUUCCCCAAAUAAUAAUAUUAAUCACACAAAUAACUACAUGUUCCCCGCCCCUCUUCCUUUCUUUUAUUUUUUUUUUCUUUUUCUUAGGUGUAAGGUUCUUUUUUUCCUUUUGCUUGUUUUUUUUUUUCUUUUUUUUUUGAUUGGUUUGGUUUUAGGGGGAGGAGGGAGAGUUGGGAUUCUGGGGUUCUUCUAUUUGUUUUCCCUUCCUGGGGAGUUUCUUGCAUGCUUCCUAACCAUUAAGACUACAUUUCCCCCUUCUCUUUUCCCCUCUUUCCCCUUCAUUUCUUCUUGUUUCCUUACAUUUGAGGUUCUGUUUUAUCCUUUGUACAAGAAACAGAGAGGAGAUAUUUUUUUGUAACGUGUUUGGGGGGUUCAGGGAUCCACCUUGGUGGCAAGAGGUCUUGUGUUCUAUUGACCCAGAACUCUGCUCUGUGAUUCGUCCCCUGCAACCCUCUCCUUCUGGGAUCCUUGGUCUGCACCCUGGCCCCCAAAAUUAGAGCCUUGCUCCUCUGUCUUGCUCUGAGCACUGAGAGCCCUAACCCCACCAGGAGGCUCCCCCCUGAGAGAGAGGCCCAAGUGGCCUCUGAACAGCCUUUCUACCUUCCAGACUUUUCAUGGCCCCAAACACUCAGUAGUCACACUGCCUGCAGGUGGGGGACCUGUAGGGCUCAUCUUAUUCAAUUAAAAGUCCUAGGAGGCCCUGCUGGUGUGAAACUUUGCUCUUUAUUUUUUGCAAAGUGCAUUGAUAGUCCUGUUUUAUUCUCCAUUAUUGGGGCAGUGAUCCCUCUCCUGAUGGUAGGGGUAGGGUCAGUGAUUCUUGCUAGAUCCCUCCAAAGCAGACCAGUGGCAAUAUCAGAGGGCGAUACAACCUUGGUAGCUCCACUGGGGGACAGUUGGGGAGUCGGGGAGUACAGGGAUCACAGUAGCCCCAUCCCCCCCCUCCCAGGCCUGACCCAGCAGAAUCCCCAAAGUUGGCCGUGGGCUUCCAUGGGCUCCCUCAGUGACUGGGAUUGAAGACUCGGACCCCUGGGUCUUCUCCCCACAACUUCCCUCCCUCCUGGUCUUAUGCAGCAGUGCGGGGGGGCUGUGGGGCCUGUUUGGGAUGAAUAGAGCUCUCCCUUGGUAAGACUUAUUUUGUUAAUAAAUGGAAUACUUGGCUAUAUUCACACCGUGGUGUGUUUCUCUCUUGCCUCACCCACUGUCCCACUUCCAGACACCUGAGUAGAUGUCCUUCUUUUAUUCUUGUUUAAAUAGCUUAUGGUUUCCUUCUGAGAUUUCCAUUCAAGGUCGAGUUUAAUGCCUUUCCUCAAGAAAGGGGGGGGGGGACACAAAACUUCUGCUAACGCAUUAUAAAUAACAUAAAACUGCCUUUAUGGUUCUUUUUUUCUUUUCCACUUGGUUAUUUAGCUCCCAGACUCCCUUCAAAGUCCUUGACAUUUCCUGGGGACAGGGUGGAGGGAGUCUGUAGAUGUGGUUUUUCCUCUGGGCCUAGAGUCGAGGUACAAGGGGCUGGGAAAGGAACCAGGACGCGGGGCUCAGACCCCUGGCAGCACCGGCCCCAGAGCCCUGCAGGUAUGCAAAGUUGACGUGCCUCUGGCGCUACCUAGUGGCAGAAAAACGAGUGACGGGUGCCAGCCCCGACGACGCCUUCCGCGCUUCCCACUCGAAAUGCGAAUAAUUUCCUCUUCUUGACUACCUUUUAUACACCUUGAAACCAAAGAGUAAAUGCGCCUGCUGAGACUGGUGGUUGGCAAGGCCUGGGGGCUCCCCAAGGCUAGCGCUGGGUUGUCGACCCUAGUCAUUCGCGCCUCCAGAGACUUCUCUGGACAGGGUUUGGGUUUUGUUGAAAAGGCGCGGUGAUUACUCGGGACUCUGAAGCCACUCUCGGUCCCUGUUGUCUUGAGCUCACACGACUGACUGGAUUGGGCAUCCUCGGGCAGGCGAGGAUGGGGUGCCGUUUACCAGGAUGCUGGGACCAGGGCCGGGCACCUCCCCCCUGCGCGGGCACUCCGCGAGCCCGGAAGAGAGGACGGGCCACCUGCACGUCCAUCCCCAGCGGUGAGCCGCCAAGGCCGCCGGCUCCGGGCGCACCAGGCCGGGGACGCACCUGGUCACCUGUUGGGCGCACUUCAAAGUGGGCUGCCUCGCCCCCUCCUGGCCGCUCUCCGCGUCGGCCCCGUGCAGCUUUGGGAUCGGUUGUUGCGCUGCAGUUUUGCUUGGCUUUUUCUGUGAGGAUUGAGACUUACCGGGCAGUUGGUGCUC